UGCUCAAACGACCAGACAGUUCUACAGCUCCCUCUCCCUCCUCGCGACGCAUCAGCAGAUUCCAAGUUUUUGUUUUGAUAGGUUUAUAGGCUUCUUGGUCGACUGUGCCGCUCUGCUGCCUGCGAAAUAUCAGAACUUUAGGGCUUCCGAUGGCAUUAUCCGGGCGUCUUAGAUCCGGCUUUCCCUUGUUCCGCAGCCUACUGAGGACAGGAGCUGCCCUCUCCCAGCGAUCGAUUGCCGAUCCAAGCUUUGCAAGCCCUAAACUUGCCGCAUCUGAGCAUUUGAGGUGCUUUGCGACCAAGGCAAACGAGAGUGAAGCAAGUAUCAAGCUGCCCCUGUCUCUCUUUGGGGGUACUGGAAACUACGCAUCUGCUUUGUUCCUUACAGCUGCCAAAGCCAACCUAUUAGACAAGGUUGAAUCUGAGGUACUUGAUGUUGUCGAAGCUUCCAAGAGGAGCCCUUUGUUCUCAAACUUCAUUAAGGAUCUAUCAAUACCUAGGGAAACCAGAGUAAAAGCUGUGACUGAAAUUUUUUCUGAGGCUGGUUUUACUGAUGUCACCAAAAAUUUCUUGGUUGUCUUGGCUGAGAAUGGGAGGCUGAAGUAUUUAGAGCGCAUUGCUCAAAGAUUCGUUGAUUUGACUAUGGCACACAGAGGAGAAGUUAAAGUCAUUGUAACUUCAGUGAUUCCACUCCCUGAGCAAGAGGAAAAAGAGCUGAAGCAAACGCUGCAAAAUAUCUUGGGUGCGGGCAAGACUGUUAAACUUCAGCAAAAGAUUGAUCCCAGAAUUCUGGGAGGAUUGGUGAUCGAGUUCGAUCAGAAGGUCUUGGACAUGUCGAUAAAGACGAGGGCGAAGCAGAUGGAAGAGUUCUUGAGACAGCCUAUCCAUUUUAGUUGAACUUAGAGCAACCUGGAGCUGAAAUUACAAGCCAGCAACUCCUGUUCAGCCCCCUUUUGCAUGCUUUGUUUUUUUUUACUUGCUGCUUUGAUUGUUCAGAAUAAGAAAAGAAUUUCAUAACUGGCCUUUCUUUUCUAUCUCCCUAUGAUGCUUUUGAGCUCAAAAUAUUUCUAGAUCUCCAUAUUAUGUCUUUUUCUGUUGUUCCUUACUGUGACUGUACUUAUUUGAACUCUUGAAUUAUAAACAAUUGUGUUGCAGUCCU